CUGUGCACAUAACCUGCAGCGGAUUGUGGCAGUGGACAUGCUGACGCAUCUCUGCUGUCUUACUGAUGACGAUAAAGCUCUGGUUCAAAACGAGGCCCGUAACCAUGGUAACUCCCGCGCUGUGGUGACCCUGCUGGACCGCGUGACACGCCGUGAGCCCGGCUGGUUCCAGCAGUUCCUGUCGGGACUCAGGCACACCGGGUAUGUAGACAUCGCUGAACAACUGGAGGAUCUGAGUUCAGUUCCAGAGGAAGGUCCAUCAGUAGGUCUAGAAAAGUCAGGAUCAUUUACAGAAGUCACCAGCGGUACAGUUACGGGUGAGGCCGUACCGACAGGUGAUGAAGGCGGAUACCAGUCGUCCCCCACGCGCCCUGUUACUCUGGAGUUACCACAGGGCACUGGGGACAACACCAUACACAUACAGGAGAAUGGACGGCAAGAUGAGUCAGAGCCGAGUUCUCCUGACUACCCUGAGGAUACCGCUCCCUGGAAGGUGGCGCUGCGUGACCUGGGGUCACAGCUGUUCCACAUGUCUGGGCAGGUUUCGGGCACGGUCGGACAGUACCUCUUCCAAAGCAGGUACGAGUGUUUGGCCGUACCAUCCACUACAAUACAAGAGGAGCGUUCAGCCGUGGCUUCCAGUGGCGGUACUAUGGCGGAGCGCGGGACCAGGAGACUGGCCGCUCGUUUAAAGUUGCGGAUGGAUAUCAUAACCAAUCCACAGUAGUAAGGAAGGCAACAGAAGGCGUCUUGAAUACACUGAUGGCUGAAGGAAUAAUAGAAUACAGAGAAAUUAAGGAUAAUUUUAUGGAUGACAUCCUCUGAAGACCCCAAAACUAAUUAAUGCGCGCGGGCGAAAAAAAAAGAAAAAUCCAGCAAGAAAAUUCUGCUAAACCACAAGACUAAUCAUCCAGUCCGUUCUUACCCAGACUUGUUUUGUCUUAUGUUUACCUCCAGCAAGACUGUAACAGACAAUCGUCGCCAGUUCGAUCAUGUUUAUAUUGCUAUUCUUGGUGCUGUGGCCCCAUGCCCUGACAUGAAAUUCUGAUUGACCAGGGAUGAUAUUGUGUAACAUGUGGCUACAGUUUUCUUUAGAGCAGGCAAACGUCAAUGUCAUCCAUCAAAUUAAGUUUGUUUGACCUUAUGUUUUAUCUGAGAUAGUUAACCCAUGGAAUAGAUAGGUGCCCCAACGACCCACUCAGAGGUCAAGGAAUAGUUGAGGUUAGGUAAGCUUGCCCCCAAGUCAAGAGCGUACAUGUUUGCUUCGCGAGCGCCAUCUGGUCAAUUUCUCAAAACAACAGGAUAUUACAAGCGUCCGUGCGAACGGACUCCAUACAUACUAUUAGGUACUCAUGCGCAAUUAUGCAUUCGCCAAGAAGGUUAUGUUAUCGGUGCUUUUGGUUGGUUAGUUAAUUGGUUUGUUGUUGUUUUUUUUGUUGUUGAUGAAAAUUAGCAACUCCCCUCUAUCACAUUAUUGCACUAAUUGGAGGGAAAAGAUUGUGUUUAUUAGUGAAAAAAAUGAUAGCUCCCCUCCAUCACAUUAAUUCACUAGUAAGAGGAGAAUAAUUCUUGUCUAAAUGUAUUAUCUAAAUAAUGGGAUAUUAUUGUGGCAACCAUCAUCACGUGUAAAAGUAGUUAACAUGGUUCUCCACCGAAGACCUUUUAUGAACUAAAGUAAUGUGA